AUUUUUCUCUAUUACCCAUAGGAUAGCUUUCCAGCAAGGUUUGGAGGCAUUCAUUUUGUUAACCAACCUUGGUACAUCCACGCUUUGUACACAGUCAUCCGGCCUUUCCUCAAGGACAAAACAAGAAAAAGGAUUUUCAUGCAUGGAAACAAUCUGAACAGCUUGCACCAGCUAAUCUUGCCUGAGAUUCUGCCGUCUGAGCUGGGUGGCAUGCUGCCUCCUUACGACAUGGGCACCUGGGCCAGAACGUUGCUGGACCACGCGUAUGAUGAGGAGACGGACUACUGCCCUGAGUCCUACACCUUGUCUGUCAAAGACCUGGAGAAAGAUCUAUCCCCUAAAACUAUGAAAAGGUCCCAGUCCGUGGUGGAACCAGGUGUCCUGAAACGACCAGAGAAAGUGAAAAACGAAGAAGAAAACAUGCAGCCACUGCUUUCUCUGGACUAAAGGCUUUUAAUUCCCCAGGCAACGAGGAAACGCCAAGCCCCGUACACUGGGGAGGAGCGCACCUUGUUCCUAUAACACAAAGGGGGAAAAAGUAUAAAGAAAGGAAAUGUUAAAGAGCAAAAGAACACACAAACAGCCUCCAGGAACAAUACAGAGAGCUGCCAGUUUAAAUGAUAUUUUUGAAGCAAAGAGCUGACGGCGGGACUUCCGUAUGUGAUUGUCAAGUGCCAAUUCAAAUCUGUAAAUACACUUCAGUUCUAGACGUGAGAUUGAGGGAGUAAUUGUGACAUGAACCUGUAAAGACUGCUGUGAAUAUCCUGUGUGUGCUUCUUGUGAUUGGUUAUUAAGUAGAACACGGUACAGUAGGAUGGGUAAUCAUGCUUAUAAAGAUUCACAAGCUUUGGGGUAACCUACAUUUAUAAUCCCCAAAUCAGGUUUCACAGCGAAUACCCCUUUACAAAGAAAAGAUUUUUCUAAUGAGCAUUUGCUAAUAUUAUUUUAACACAUGCUUUUCGGUUUAGUAUUCUUACAGUAUAUCCCAGAGGGGUCGAAUCACAUUUAGUAGACUUCAGCUGAUUCUUCACUGAUGGCCUUUUUGUUUACACUCUGUCGUAGAUCUGUGGAAUAUCGCUUUAUUUCAUAACCAUUUCCACAUUAGACUAAGUUGGUUUCCAAGGCAUUUGUAUUCAAACAACAAAAUACCGUCUUUGCCAUCUUUCCAACUUCAGAGUCAUUUUUGCUAAAGUAAAAGGAAUAGUUCACCCAAAAAUAAGUAUUCUCUGUUUAUUUACUCACAUAUUUUAGUAUCACCGUUGUAGUUUCUAUUAAUGUUUUUAUUAUUUUUAUUAACUUAAUGAAUAUUUAAAACUCUAUAUGUUGACAUAUAUAUACUUGCUGCCCAUAUGUUGAUAUUUUCCCAUGAAAACACAAAAGGAGAGUUUUGAGGAGUUUGGAACAACACGAUGGUGAGUAAAUAAAGAUUUUUUGGUUGCACUAUUCACUGUUACUCAAACACAGAGGAUUCCACAGAACCAUAAAUAAGGUGUUGUACAGUGACACAUGCUAGUGCAUGCUUCCACAUGCUUAUCUUGGUCAGCUAAUGGUUUAGAUUGUGUGAAAAUAGUUUACUCUAAAUUACUCAGCUGUUUUAUGGCAUGCUGUGUUGUCAUUCGUUUUUGGCAAUAGGUUUUUACAGCGGUUAAGUUUUAAGCCCAAACGAGUGAAUUUAACGCACAGAUAAUUUCACCAUUUGAUACUUUGUGAGUGUGUGUAAGGAACAAGGGCAAUAUACACUACAUUUAAAAUACAUACAAAUCUUCCAGGCUUUAGUUUUUUGCUGAUAUUUUUUUUUUCCAUGGGAGCAAAAAUCCUCAUUGAUUUUGAGCAAAUGGUACUUCAAAAAAAGAAAAAAAUCUAUAUAAAUAUGUAAUCAAAGCCUCUAGCUUGCCUAAACAGUCAAAUUUAGGAAUACUGUGGUCUUUCAUCUUUCUAUUUUGUGUAUGUAACAUUCUGUGGGAACAGGUUUGUACAGUGGCUCAGUUUGGUCCUGUUUUUAUUUUCUUAUUCUCAUAUAAAUCAAUAGCUACACAUACAUUGUUGUACACUUGCAUAUAUGAUGAAACAUACAAUAUGGAUGCAUUGAUAGCAUCUAAUGUAUUUAACAUUGACACAGAUUAAGGAAUCAAUAGAUUACAUACAGUACAAUCAGCCACUAAUUUUAUGAAUCUCCAAAGUUGUUAGUUAUAUAUAAGAUGCUGUUAAUACAUUACUUGUACACAUUUCAGUGUUUAUGCAAACAUCCCUUAGAAUGUUUUCCCCAUCCUUGGCUUUUGAACACUAAGACUUUGCAAUUUACAUCAAGCAGAUUAACAGUCCAGAUUAUGACUUUUUAUAUUUUGCUGAUAUAGUUUGUGUUAAGCAAGGUGAUAUCCGUUUUUUAUUUGCCAAAACUAAAGUCUGCCCACUCUGAUGACUCAUUGGGCUUCUAAAAUCUUAAGGAGCGAAAAUUGUUUCUAAAACCUUGCUUUACUAUCCUGAACAGAACCGGGGGGAGCAAAAAAUGUAAAAGUUUUGAAUCAGAAUGUAUUUCCCAGAGAGUAAUGUCACUACUUUGGGUUAAGAGAAUGGUGUUCUAAUCAGUAUAGUCAUUAUUACACUUCCUGUGUCACGUUCAGAUAUUUUGAGCAGGAAGGCCUCAAAUGAUGGUGUAAAUUGUUUCAGCAUAUAUUUAGCAUAUAUUUUAGUGUUAAUGCCAUAAUCAGUAUUUUAAUACACCUUGAAUUUAUUUGUAUUCCUGUAUAUGUUUUGUUCAUUCUGCAUUAUGAACAGCCUUGUUUGUAUUUUAGGCAAUCGGAAUGUUGACCAAAUUGUUUCCAUUUUUCUAGCCUUGCUUUCUAUGGAUAUGUACAUGUAUUGCCAUUAUGACCAAAGCAACCCUGGGUCAAAGAAACCUACGAUUAUCCCCUGCUUUUCUAAAUACUACAGAAACAAUAUUUCUUUGAUUGUUGGCUUAUCUUUUCCUUGUCACUUUGAUUGUAUAAUAAGGUGUUAGUGCUGAGAAGCCCAUGCAGUAUAGAGGUAUUAUCAUGCAGAACAAUAUGGUUUAAAAGAACAUGUUGAAUGGAAGUAAAUAUGUGUAUAUGUCCUUUCAAAAUGCUGAGAUAAAUUAUGUAACUGAAACUAAACUGCGAAAGGAAAAAAAGCAGCCAAUAAAUAUUCAUAUGCAUAGU